AUGGCCACGUUGGAGAGAAAACAGAUGGUUUUGACAACGUACAUGGCGGUUUUUGCUAUGGAGAACGGAAUGAAGAUGACAACCGCAUCCUUGAGUUUGCUGAAAGCCAUUCGACAGCAUGCACAAUUGCACAUAGUCAAAUACAAGGAAUGCUUAAAUGACAUGAUCUGGAAGAUUCACCGAUCCUGGGCCACCAAGCAAAAUGCUGAGCAGAAUGCUACCAUCCCAUCAGCAAAUUUACACAUGAACGAUUCUCUCCUUCCAGUUCUCUCUCUUCAUUCUCUUGUUCAGCAGCAGCAAGAUCAUCACAGAAAUAGAAAAGCAGAGCACAGUUCAUCGUCCUCACACACAUCUCAUUCUAGAAAUCGUUUGCAGCUGGACAGAAGGUUGCAUGAGAGGCCAGAACAAAAUUUGAACCAGCAACAAAAACGGCAACCGCGUUUUCAGCAACAACGCCAUCAUCAACAUCUCAUGAAACAAGAUAAAUGUCAACCAAAUUAUCAGCAACAAAAGCAACAUCAUUACGAGAAACAAGUUAAACGCCAGCCGUAUCAGUACCAACAACCACAUCUUCAAAGAAGAGUGGAAAAAUCAAAUUCAACUCAAAAAACAAACAUUUUUCCAUUUGAAUGGCUCCGCCUCUUGCGGGGGAAUAUUAUGAAAAUGAAAUAUCUCCAGCAAUAG